AUGACCAGUCACCAGCGCAGUUUCAAACGACAAAUCAAUAACGCUACAGUACAAACCGGAAUGGGCAACUGGGAAAGAGACACGUUAAAUCCCACGACGCUCAACGGCCUUACGGAAGAACAAAAAGAAGAGUUGGAUAGAUUAAGUUCUCCCAGGGUGGAAAAACGAGAUCAAAGCAGAAGUUUGAAAGGAUCUGGUCAGUCUAGUAAAGUGGAAGAGACGGAUAAAGAAUGCAAAGAGAUCGAAAUAUCAAGAGAAGUUUUAAGGAGUAGAAGCGAUGUUAUCCGAGAUCGACGGUCAACUAUUGAUGAUGAGCUGAGGGAGCUUCGUUCCAAAAUACUUCACUUUGAUGGAAAUGUCACUCGUUCUACUGAACCUGGCCCGUGUCUUACUCCCGUCGUCACCACGACCAAUGACGAAGACCCAGACGCCUUCGAAGGGAACGUCACUCAGCCUCAAGGAUCGCCAACACUGCCCACGGCAACAUCACCUUCAGACGCUGCCCCUGAUUUGGCCAGAGGAAGCAGGAACACCUCUGCGCAGAGUUCAAGAGCUAGUGAACUCGAUCAGAACGGCGCAGAACGUGAUUCUGGAGGGGGCGUUGUAACCUUUGGUAACACUGAUUACCCUUCGGUCGUGGGAUCUAACCGGUAUGGAAGCCAAGAGGCGACCCACCAGGGUACCCAAAGGGGUGAUAAGAGCAAAUGGAAGGGCCUCGUUCGUAGAUUCAAACCUUGGUCGCAUGAAAGUUCGAGGAGUUGA